UCUGAUGCUGACAUAAAUAAAAUGUGUACAUUGUUAUUGCAGUUCUGUCGAUCUAACUUCAGUUAUCUUUAGCAUUUGUUGAAUUGGUAGCCUUCUCUGUGGAAAGAAACAAUGUAUAAAGCACAGUAUGACUUGAAAUCCAUCCAUAGUUCUGAUCUGUUUUGAUUUUUUCUAUUAUUCAAGUUGACCCAUUCCAAAGAUAGCAGUAUUUCAUUUUUUUUUAGGUUUAGCAGUAUUUCAUUGUCUGCAGAGUACAUCUGCUGUUCGCUGUUGAUUUGACUUGCAAUCACAGCGUCGGUGUCCUGUUUGGGCCGUCCAUUUGAGCCCCGGUUGGGCCCAUCUCAGCCCACGCUUAUCUACUUUUGUGAAGGCAGGCGGGCGGGGGAAGACGAACUGCCAUGCCCAUUGUAGAAAAUCCCCGCCACUACGAGCCCUAGCCGCCCACAUUCCCGCCAAAACAAGAACCUAGCCUCCUCCGGCCACAAUCUCAACCCCGCACAGGAUGCCGAGGAAAGCAAAGCCCGCCGCCCAAGCCGCCGCCGCCACCGGCGUCCAGUACUGGCUUCUGAAGACGGAGCCGGGCGAGUGGUCGUGGUCCGACCAGGCGAGCGCCCCGGGCGGCGUCGCGCCGUGGGACGGCGUCCGCAACCACCAGGCCAUGAAAAACCUCCGCGCCAUGCGCACCGGCGACCGGUGCCUGUUCUACCACUCCGGCGCCGGCGCCGCCUCCCGCCGCGUCGUCGGCGUCGUGGAGGUCGCCCGGACCUGGUACGAAGGGGAGGGGGAAGGGGAGGGGAAGGAGGCAGCGGCCGGCGGCGCCGUGGACGUGCGGGCGGUGGGGGAGUUCCGCAACCCCGUCCCUUUGGGUGAGAUCAAGAAGGCGGCGGGCGAGGUGGAGGGGAUGAGGGACUUCGCGCUGCUCCGGCAGCCGCGGCUGUCGGUGAUGCCCGUGCCGGGCAAGGUCUGGGACUGGAUUUGCGACGCGGGUGGGGGCUUCGUGCAGGACGGCGAAGCUGAGGAAGAAGAAGGUUGAUGCGGCAACCGUAAGUCGAGUGGUUCUUGCUGCAGGGUGACAUCGCAACUGCAAGGCUGCAUUUUGUGGAGUCCUUUUUUGGCCUGCAAGGGGAUUGCUAAUUGCCGUCAUGGCACCCCUUCUUCAGAAGAGGGAUUGUAUCAGUAUCAGCAGUAUUCAGUUCAUCGCUCUUCAGUGUUUUGGCAUCUCGUAACCGAAGUCUGCCGAACAAGGCGUGUUGGUGCAGUUACUAGUUGCUCUGUAAAUUCAGUGGUUGAUGUGGCUGGAGUAGCUUGUGCUCUAUCACUAUUGUUGCGUGCGCCUCCUUUUGUAGCUUGUGACUUCCUGUAAUCAGGUAAUCUACUUUGAAGCAGGCAAGUUUGAUGCACGUUUCACUGAACUUUGAAGCAGGCAGUUCGUGCUUUCGAUGGUA